AUGACAUGGUUCGCUUCCAAAUCUGUUCAGGGACUGUUUGAAGGCACAAAAACAUACAGGAAAGAAGAUGGGAGCCUUCUUCUCUUUCGACCAGAACAAAAUGCAAUCCGCAUGAAAGUUGGUGCUGAAAGGAUGUGCAUGCUUUCUCCCUCAAUUGAACAAUUUAUGGAUGCAGUGAAACAAACUGCGAUUGCAAACAAGCGUUGGGUUCCUCCUCCAGGGAAAGGGACUUUGUAUAUUCGGCCAUUGCUCAUGGGAAGCGGUCCCAUACUGGGUUUGGCACCAGCACCGGAAUAUACAUUCCUUACAUAUGCUUCCCCUGUUGGAAACUACUUCAAGGAUGGAUUUGCACCAUUGAACUUGCUUGUUGAGGAUGAGUAUCCUCGCUCAUCUUGUGGUGGAACUGGAGGCGUGAAAACAAUUAGCAAUUAUGCCCCAGUUUUGAAAGCAAUGACUAAAGCAAAGAACAGGGGAUUUUCUGAUGUUUUGUACCUUGAUUCAGUAAAUAAGAAAUAUAUAGAGGAAGUCUCCUCUUGCAACAUUUUCAUCGUGACGGGAAACGUUAUUUCAACUCCUGCUACAAAUGGGACUAUUCUUCCUGGAGUCACACGAAAAAGCAUCAUAGAGAUUGCUCGUGAUUAUGGUUACAAGGUUGAGGAACGUUGUGUUCCGGUGGAUGAAUUGAUCAACGCUGAUGAAGUUUUCAGCACUGGAACUGCUGUAAUAGUUGCGCCUGUGGGCAGUAUUACAUAUCAAGAUAAAAGAAUUGAAUUCAAAAUAGGUUAUGAAUCCUUGUCCUGGAAGCUGCGGUCAACUCUUCUAGGAAUCCAAAUGGGUUUCGAUUACUGGAAGAAGGUUGUACAAAUCUGUAAUUUCAUGAAGCCUUUGCUGGCAUGGAACAUGGUCAAAGAUUACAGUUGCUACGCAUCACAAGCUGCAUCUGCUCUUCAACAAGUGAGCAAACCAAGUUCCUACUGUGAGGAUAAGUAUGCCAAAGUGGACUGGGAUAAUCUCGGAUUUGGUAUCACCCCAGCUGAUUACAUGUACACAAUGAAAUGUUCGGAAGAUGGAAAGUUUGAACAGGGACAGCUUGCUCCAUACGGAUAUGUCGAAUUGAGUCCGUCAGCAGGAGGACUUUAUGAAGGCACCAAAGCGUAUAGAACAGAAGGUGGGCGCCUACUACUCUUUCGCCUGGAUCAAAAUGCCGCACGGAUGAAGAUGGGUGCUGACAGGUUGUGCAUGCCUUGCCCUUCCACUUAUCAAUUCGUUGAUGCGGUUAAACAAACUGCUCUCGCUAAUAAGCGCUGGACUCCACCUCCAGGGAAAGGGACUUUGUAUAUUAGGCCUUUGCUCAUGGGAAGUGGUCCUAUUCUGGGAUUAGCACCAGCACCUGAAUACACAUUCCUCAUUUAUGCUUCUCCGGUUGGCAAUUAUUUCAAGGAGGGUUUGAAACCCUUGAACCUAUAUGUUGAGGAUGACUUUCAUCGAGCUGCUCGUGGAGGAGCUGGAGGGGUUAAAUCCAUCACAAAUUAUGCACCAGUUUUAAAAGCAAUGGCCAGAGCAAAAAGCAGAGGAUUUUCUGAUGUUUUGUACCUUGACUCGGUCAAUAAGAAAUAUCUAGAAGAAGUCUCUUCUUGCAACAUUUUCCUUGUGAAGGGCAACAUAAUUUCUACUCCUGCUACAAAUGGGACUAUUCUUCAAGGGGUCACUCGAGGAAGCAUCAUUGAAAUUGCUCGUGAAAAUGGUUAUCAGGUCGAGGAACGUGCUGUUCCCGUAGACGAACUGAUGGAUGCCGACGAAGUUUUUUGCACGGGAACUGCCGUAGGUGUUGCCCCUGUAGGCGCCAUUACACAUCAGAAUAGGAGAGUUGAAUACAAAGUCAAAGCAGAGUCUGUGUCUCAGGAGCUUUACUCGAUUCUUGAAGGAAUUAAAACGGGUGUUAUUGAGGAUAAGAAAGGCUGGAUUCUUGAGCUUUAG